AUGGAUCUUCUUAAGGAUGCAGCAAAGAACUUAAACCUUUAUGAGGUUAAGGCUUAUGUUCGUAAAGCCCAAAAUGUUGCAAUGAAUUUAACUGAAAUGGAAGCCAAAGUGCGUGAAGCAACUAAUAAUGAACCAUGGGGAGCACCAACUUCAUUAAUGCAACAAAUUGCUGCUGGUACUUAUAAUUAUCGAGAAAGAGAAGAAAUCAUUGGAUUUAUCUUUCGUCGAUUUACUGAAAAAGCAGCUAAUGAAUGGAGACAAAUCUAUAAAUCAUUACAAUUAUUGGAUUAUUUGAUUAAGAAUGGUGCUGAACGAAUUAUUGAUGAUAUACGUGCCAAUAUGUCAUUAAUUCAAAUGUUGAAAUCUUUCCAUUAUAUAGAUUCAAAGGGAAGAGAUCAAGGUAUAAAUGUUAGAAAUAGAGCCAAAAAUUUAAUUGGAUUAUUAAAUGAUGAUAAUAUGAUAAGAACUGAACGUAAGAAAUCAAGAGCAAAUUCUAAAAAAUUCGGGGGAGUUUCAUCAGCAGCUUUUGGAGGUGCUUCUUCAAUUACAACUGGUCCUAGUUAUGACGAUGAUUUCACUAAUAGAGUUUAUGGUGAUGGUGGUGUAUAUGGAGAAAGAUAUGAUGACCCUGCAUCGUCUUAUGACAAUGGACACACUGGAAGUAACAAUUUUGAAGAAUAUGAUGUUACUCCAGCUUCAAAUUCUUCAUCUAGAGCAACUACUAGUUCUUCAAAUAUUAAUGCUACUGCAUCCAAAUCUAAAUCAAAAUCUGAACCAAAGAAACAACAGCAACAACCAGAACAAGAUUUAUUAGGUGAUUUACUUUCAUUCGAUGGACCUUCAUCUAGUAGUGGUGCCACUGCUGUGCCUGCUGCCAAUGAUGAUGACGAUGAUGACGACUUUGAUGACUUCCAACAUGCACCAUCACAGACUCAUACCCCAUCUAAUCUCGCAACUAAUUUAUCCAACUUAUAUCAACCCCAACAAACCCAACAGCCAAUGUAUGGUCAACCACAACAACCCCAACAACAACAACAACAACAACGUGUCCCAUCAUUCAGCUCAGGUCCAAAUUAUCAUGUCAACACAUCUACCGGACCAGCCAAACCAGCAGCUACCAGUGAUGCAUUCUCAUCCUUAUUCUUAACCGCAAAGACAAACGCGCCAGCUUCAAGUAUCACUCCAACCCAGAAACAACCUUUGAAUCAACAACAAGCUAGACCAGUGGAUGAUGAUUUCUUUGGUAAUUUCAGUAGUAAUAAUAAUAACCAAAGUACUUCCAAGCCUUCCAAUACGAACAAUAGUGGGGAUAUUGACUUGUUGAGUUUUUAA